AUGAAUUUUAAAAAAUGUGGAAAAGAUUCAAAUAAAAUGUUAUGUAUAAAUGAAAACAAACAUAUAGAGAGAAGUAAAGGAAACAUAAAAUGUACCAAAUGUAUAAAUGAUAAAAACUCCAAGAAAAAUGAAAAUAACAUAAAAGAAUGGAAAAAUUUGAACUCCAUUAAAAAAUAUAUUAAUUUUUACUUAAAAAAGUUUAAAAUGAAAAGUUUUAAAAAAAAAUCAAAAAUGAAUUUAUUAUUUAAAAAAAAAAAGGAAAAAAAACUUAUAAAAAAAGAUUAUUUAAAUAUUUUACAAUCUGAAAAGGAAUAUUAUGAAAAAUAUGAAGAAAAUAAAAUAUUUAUAGAUAAUAUUAAAAGUUUUAAUAUGAAUGAUUUAACUAAAGAUCCUUCUUAUUUUUUUUUUUUUUAUAAUUUAUUUGUUAAAGGUUCUUAUUUGAACAAAAGCAAUUUAAAUAAUGCUUUAAUAAAAGACAAUAAAAAGAAGAAAAAAAAAACAAGAAAAGUUAAAGAUAAUAUAAUAUUUUUGAAUGGAAAACAAACGAGACUUUUAAUUUGUGAUUAUUUAAAAAUUCUUAUGAAUAAUAUACAAAAUGAAAAAAUUAUAAAUGCCAAUUUUUGCAUAAUUGAUUAUGUCAAAUUAAUUGAAAAUAAAAACAAUGAUUUUUUAAUGAAUUACAAUGUAAAGGAUAAAAAGGAGAAACAUUCAAUUAGUACCAAUAGUAUAAAUUCUCUAAAUGAUAAAAGUUAUAUAAAUGAUUGUAUUAAUUCGAACGUUGAAAAUAAUAAAAAUGAAAUAGUACCAGUUAAUAUAUCUUCAAAUGUUGAAUUGACAAAUAAUUCCACACCUAAUAACUUUAUCAAAAUAAGUGAAGACAUAUUUAAUAAAAUAUUAAAUAAUUUUGUGACAGAAUUAAAAAGCUUUUUUUUUUCUUUAAUAAAUAAAGUGAAAAGUAGUAAACUUUUAGCAAAACUUAUCACUGUUUUUUGUGAAAUUUUUUUAAUAUUAACUCCAUAUUAUGUUAGCAUUAUAAAUUUUAUUGAGAUUUUAAAUGAUUUCGCAAAUAUAAUUCCAUUGAGCUGUGUAAAUUAUAUAAUUAAUUUUCUUCACAAUUAUAAAAAUAAAUUUAUAGAAAAAUAUAAAGAAUUUCAAAAUUUUAUUAUUUUUAAUGAUCCUGUAAAAACACAAUCAGUGGGAGCUAGGCUAAUUGGUUUUAUUAAAACUUUACAAAAAAAAAUUAAGUUAAAUAAAAAAGAUUCUUUAAAUAUAUUUUUUCUUAAUCUUCUAUUAUCUGAAUGCUUACCUAUUAAUCAUCUAGGUUUUUGCAAUAGACAGUCGUUAAAAAAUAAUUUCAAUUUUUUAUUUUAUGAUUCGUUUGAAGAAUAUAAAAGUAAUUUAAAUAACGAAUCCAUUAUUUAUGAUGAUUUUGAAUUGAAUAUCCAAGAAAAUAUCAAGAAUUAUAAAAAAAUAAAAAAUAUAAUUGAAAAUGAAAUGAAUGGUAGAUUUUCAUAUAGUAUUGAUUUAACAAACGAUGGAAAAAAUAAAAGUAAAAAUGAUAAUAAUAAUUUUUCAAAUUUAAGUAAAAAAGAGGAAUUAAAUAUUGCAAUAAAUAAAGAAGAAAAUGAAGAAAAAAAAAAAAAUACAGAUAAUAAUAUAGUUCAUAGCGAUAAUUUAUAUAAAAGUGAAAUGAUCAAAAACGAAGAUAUUUUAAAAAAUAAUGAGAGAGAUGAUAAACAUCAGAAUAUCCUUACCCAUUCUAAAAAAAGUGAUAAAAAUAAAAAAAUUGAUGAAAAAAAUGAAGAAUUAAAUAAUAAAGAUAAAAAUAAAAAAAGAAAAAGAGAAAAUUCUAUCGAUAAAAACGAAAUUAAGGAUUUAAAAAAAGCGAAAUGUAAUAAAUUAUUUGAAAACUUAAAUGAAUCAAAUAAAAAUUACAGAGUUUAUUUAUCCUUUAUUUAUCUUGUUACAUUUGUAAAAUUUCCUGAAAUAUUUAUUGUUCAAAAUAGUGUAUCAUUAGAAGAUGUAUAUAAUGCCUUUAAAAUAUUUUAUUCGUAUGUGAAAAAUUUAAAAAAAGAAAAUAUAAUAAAUUUAAAUAUUAUAAAAGAAUAUAUGUACAAUAGUACUUUCGAUUUUCUUGGAAAUCUACAUAUAUAUAAUAUCUUAAUACGUGAUGAAAAUUUUAUAAAAGUUUUUUUUUUUAACAUUUUAUUGGUUAUUAAUUAUUUAAAUUAUGAACAUAACAUACAUGGGAAAAAUGGGAAUUUAUGUAAACAGAAAACAGAUAGAAGUAUUGAUGCAUUAACAAAAAUAAGUGAUAUGAAAAAUAAAGAAAAAAUUCGUUUUAAUAGUUCAAAUAAUAUAGAAAUAAAUAAUGAAAAUACUUUUUUUUUAGAUACAAAUAAACAUAACGAAAAGAAAAAAAAUGAAGAAAAAUAUUAUUCGAUGAAUACAAACACCUCUAAGUUGUAUCAAAAAAAUGUGAAAGAAAAUAAUUAUAGUAGUAAGAAUAAAGAAAUUAAUAAUAAAAUGGUUAAUAAUACCAAACAUAUGAAUCAAAAUAUUAUAGUGAAUUCAAAUGACUUAAAAAAUAGUGACACAAUUAAUGAAAAAAUAAAAAAAAUAAUAUAUUUGUUUAAUAAAGAUUUAAUGAAUUAUUUUGAUCAUUUUAAAAAUCCCUUUUUUAAAUAUUUACUAACUAAAGAAUAUUGUUGGUAUACAUGGAAAAAACAGUUGAUAGGAAAAACAAAUUGCGAAAAUUAUGAUUUAAAUUUUGAAUUUAAAAAUAUAAAUAUAGAAACACAAAAAAAAGAAAAAAUAGAAAUGAAAGGAGAUAAUAAUAAAAAUAUACAAAAAUCACCCGUAGAAAAUUUAAUUUAUGUAAUUGAAAUUUUUGAAUCAUUAAAUAAAAAAAUGAAAAAUUAUUAUGAAUUAAAUAAAAAUAACAAAAGUUUAAUAAAAAAUAAUUACAGAUACACAAAAUUAAUUGAUAAUUCAAAUAAUAUAAAUCAAACGAAUCAAAUAAAUACUUGUAAUAACAUUUAUACAAUUAGUAAUAUAGAUUUAAAUAAUAAUUCGAACAAAUCCUAUAGUGUUCAUGAUAUAAAUAAAGUAAAUAAUUUUUUAUUAGAAAUAAAUAAAAUCUAUUUAAGAAGAGAAGCAGAAUUUUGGGAGUUAGACGACAAUAGUACAAUGACAGAGAGAAAAAAAAAAAAUAGUAACAAAAAAAUAUUAAUAGAAAAACUAAUUGAUAAACUAGAAGAUUAUAAAAAAAAAAUGUAUAUUGAUAAUGAUCCGAUUAAUGAAAUUGAGGAAAGCGAAAAGAGCAAACAUAAUCCAAUCUUUAAAUUCAGAUUAACAAAAUUAUUUCUUCUUAAGUACAUAGAUUUAUAUACUAUUGUGAAAAAUAAAGAGUUUUCUACAGAUUGCGAUUUCUUAUAUAAUUUAAUGAUUCAAAUGGACAAAAAUAUGGUAAAGAAAAAAGGUUUAUUAAAUGAAGAGAACGAUAACAUUUUAAGUUUUCAACAAAACGAAUGCAUUAAUAAUAUAGAAAUGGAUUAA